UCUUGUGCGACCCAACCAACAUAUUAACUUAGAAUUUGCCCCGCACUAUCGUUGUGCCGGAACGUCAAGAAGUUCUCAGCUUCAUAUCCACUGGGCAUUGCUUGAGCUCAAGCUUAAGCUCGAGCCAUCAGCAACCCCCUCGCUACUGUUUUAUCGGCGUGCCUCCAGCGACCACACCAUCACGAUGGCAAACAUAAGCAAAUACCCCCUGGUGUCCUACCAGCCUUUCCGCCUCCUUUACAAGAUCCUUGGCGCAGCAUCAAUAGCAGCUCGGCUCCCCUUCUGGCUCGUCAUCGGCCUCAUCCCCUCACUCCGGCCCAACCGGAAGUGGUCCCUCAUCCAGACAGUCAUGGCGCGCGUCCUCCGCGCCUCGCUACACACGGACUCAGUCAUCGGCAUAGGCGAGGCCGAGACCCAAUCCCUCGCACCACCCAAGGGCGAAGGCGACCGCUUCGUGGUGGUCCAGCCCUUCGACGCAACGCUGUACGCCGGGCCCCUGGCCUCAGACCCGUCCGUAUCCCCAGCACCCGUGAGCGGCAUCUGGCGGCCGGGCCCACCGCCCCCUGAUGCAGCAGCGGCCUGGAAGAAGGUGGUGCUGCACAUCCACGGCGGCGCCUUCGUCCGCGACCACCCGGGCACCCCGGCCUCGGGCUUCCUCAGCACAACCCUCCUGGCCCACGCGGGCGUCGAUGCCGUCUUCUCCCUGCGGUACCGGCUGUCCGGCCACGGCGGGCGCAACCCCUUCCCCGCGGCGGUGCAGGACGCCCUCACGGCAUACCUGUACCUCGUGCGGGAGGUCGGGCUGCCGCCCUCGGCCGUGACGCUCUCGGGCGACAGCGCCGGCGGCAACAUCGCCGUGGCGCUGCUGCGGCACCUGAGCGAGUUCGGCGGGGUCGAGCCGCCCGGGCGGGCGGUCUUGAUCGCGCCCUGGGUCGCGCCCGCGGCCUGUUUCCCCCGGCGGCCCGUGGGGGAGCUGAGGGUCGAGGAGAUGGAAAACUACGGCUCGGAUAUCCUGCCCUCGUCGUUCUUGCAGUGGGGCGUCAAGACGUACGCUCCCGGUGGGGACGUCGAGGCCACGAGGGAUAACCCGUACAUCCAGGCGCUGGGCCACCCUUUCAAGGCUGGGGCCCCCGUGCUGGUGAGCGUGGGCGGGGCGGAGAUAUUCUCGACGGAUGGGGCGGCGUGGGCGCGUGAGAUGAAUGAAUAUGAGGGUGGUGGCUCCAACAAGGUGGAGGUCUACAUUGAGGAGAAUGCGCCGCACGAUACGCUGCUUAUCGGGGAUGGUCUGAAGUGGGAGGAGAGUGCAAAGCAGGUUGCUGGCAAGAUUGGGGAGUUCAUCGAGAAGAACUAAGACCCAGAGAUAAUUGUGAUGUCUCUGAGGCACGAGAUGAGAAUCUCACUUGCCAGGCGGAGAAACAGUGAGACUUGGCCUGGGCCACUAACGGACAAACUUGCGCACUUCACUUAUUCACUUGCAGAUACUGUUUUGAAGCACAACUUCAAAGACUUAUAUCAGGAAUGGUCGUCAGAGUUUGGAUAUCUAGAAGUCAUAGGAUGGGCAGCCUAUGUUGAGAUUUGCGAGGCAUGCACACUACGUAGACUGAUACUGAAA